AUGGCAGAUCAAGAGGAGGACUUCAGUAAACUCCCAUUCUCCGACAGGUUCGCGCACAAAAAUUGGAAAGUUCGAAAAGAGGGAUAUGAAGAUGCGGCGAAGGCAUUCGAGAAAACACCGGACGAGUCAGACCCAAUAUUCAAAGAGUUCACAUUCGACUCUGCUUUGUGGAAGGGUGCAGUCUUGGAUUCCAAUGUUGCAGCGCAACAAGAGGGAGUCAACGCAUUGUGUGCGUUCCUAAAAUAUGGGGGUCCGCAAGCAUGCACAAGGUCCCGAAAUGCUACAAUAACACCGUUAGUUGAAAAGGGUCUUCCGUCAGUAAAGGUAAUCACAAAGCAGAGCUCUCUAGAGGCACUACUACUCUACGUUGAGCUUGACAAGGCCGAUCCCAUACUUGAUGACCUUUUGGCAGGCCUCUCGAAUAAACAACCGAAGAUUGUUGCGUCAACUUUGACUGCCCUGACAGCGUUAUACCAUGCUUACGGAGUAAAGAUCGUAGAGCCAAAGCCGGCGCUGAAGUCGUUGCCAAAGGUGUUUGGCCACGCAGACAAAAAUGUGCGCGCUGAGGGGUCAAACUUGGCGGUUGAGCUCUACCGAUGGCUGCGCGAGGCCAUGAAACCUUUAUUUUGGGAGGAACUCAAACCUGUACAGCAGCAAGAUCUUGAGAAGCUAUUCGAGGGAGUCAAGUCACAGCCUCCACCCAAACAAGACCGGUUGCAAAGAUCACAACAAGCCGCCGCAGCGAAGCAAGCCGCCACGCCUAAAGAGGAGCUAGACGACGAAUCACAGGGUGUUGAAGAGGAGGAAGAAGUGCAAGCUUUUGAUUUGGCAGAACCUGUGGAUGUGCUCAGCAAAUUGCCAGGAAAUUUUCAGGAGAACAUGGCCUCUGCGAAGUGGAAAGACAGGAAAGAUGCUCUGGACGCGCUUCACGAAGCAGCCAACACUCCUCGAAUCAAGGACGGUCACUUUGAUGAUACGAUAGCAGUCUUGGCUAAGUCGAUGAAAGAUGCAAAUGUUCAAGUUGUCAUAACCGCCGCGCAUUGCCUGGACGUUCUCGCCAAGGGUCUUCAACGCAGCUUUGCAAAACAUAGGAGCAGGAUAAUGCCUCCAAUGCUAGAGCGGCUGAAAGACAAGAAAUUGGCGGAUCCCUUGGGCUCGGCACUUGAUUCCGUCGUAGCAUCCUCAGGUCUCUCCGAGAACAUGGAAGAUAUUGUGGAGUUCCUAAAGCACAAAAACCCACAAGUAAAGGCGGAGACUCUGAAGCUGCUCAUCAGAAGUUUACGUAAUACCAGAGAGGCACCGUCGAAGGAAGAGACGAAGUCAAUAGCUGGUGUUGCUACUAAGCUGCUCACGGAAUCCACAGAAGCGACAAGAAAUGGGGGCGCAGAGGUUCUUGGAACUCUCAUGAAGAUUAUGGGCGAAAGAGCGAUGGCACCGUACAUGGAUACUGUGGAUAACAUAAGAAAAGACAAGAUAAAGGAAUACUACGAAUCGGCGGUGGUAAAAGCAAAAGACAAACCAAAGCCAGCCCCACAACCUCCAAAGACUGUGUCAGCUUCUCAAAAGAGGCCCGCUGCUCCAGGGGCCAGGAAAACAGCGCCCGGCAUGAAACCACCUGCUAAACGCCCGUCCACUCCUCAAUCCGAAAAGCCACUAACGUCUCCUGCCCCCAAAGCUGCGACUGGCAAGUCAAUACCAUCCAAGCUCUCUGGUCUGCCAAAAUCAGGUCUUGCAGGUCCCAAGAGCAGACUCCCAGGAGCAGGACCAGUGCCUUCCAAGCUCACAUCACCUCGACGGACGAUCACGCCCCACUCGGAUGAAGACUUAGCUCCAGUACCGAAAUUGGGACGAGGCCUCGCGGGAAGGCCCUUAGGAAAACCCGUAGCGGCAGCGACUUCUUCUCCUCCACCAACAACACACCAGGCCGGUCCUUCUGCAGCCGACAUUGCCAAGCUUGAAGAGCUACGAGCAGAGAAGGACCGAUUAGCACGCAGCCACGAAGAUCUUCGAGCAGACAAACAGAAGCUCACCUCUCAAAUACACGAGCUACGGAAUCAUAAUGCUCAAUUGAUCGAAGACCACACACGAGAUGUCCUCAGCAUCAAAGCCAAGGAAACUCAGCUUGUACGAGCGCGUUCAGACGCUGAGGCUGCCGAAAGCACAGUGCAGCGUUUGCAGCGUGAGAAUGAACGGCUGAAGCGCGAGCUAAAUCGAGCCGUAAGACAGAGCACAGGGAGUCCCCUCUCCUCUGCUACCGCUGACGACGGGAUGGGCAUAUACCGUGACUCAGCUUCAUCCAAUGGCACUCGUUACAACCAGCAUUCGGGCAUAGAGCGACUCAACAGCAGUGCUUCAAACAGACGUUCAAACUACCUAGGAAGCCCGAGCGAAGAGAAGGAGAACGGCGUGUUUACGGGAGGAGAGAAAGCACAACCACCUCCGUCCUUUAGGGAAGACGUUGGCAGUGGUGGUGAGAAUGUAGACGAGGGCGGGAAGCCGGUCGAGAAUUGGAGAAGGGCAACGGAGGUAACUAAUCAACUGAAGGCGAGGAUUGAGCAAAUGAAGGCGAAGCAAGGUCUGCAAAGGCAACGUUGA